AUGGCUCAGCGAUCAGGCUCGCAGAAGGUACCUCUCGGUCUAGCGGGCGUGCUCAACGCCCCCGAAGACAAUCGGGAUUCGGCUUAUUACUCUGCGACGGAUGCCUCAAGCAAGCGUCAGUCUCCGUUCCUCCGCGCGCUUCCACAAGACCGUUCAGCUAACUUGUGCCUAGACACAUCGGCAGCAUCAGGCGUCGGUGUCUUGACUCCCAACGGCUCCAACUUCCAGCCUUCCCCGAUCGACAAAACGUCUCCGUCCCCCACAAACCUAUCGAACCUCCAGCCACCGCAAUCGCAUCUCCCGCCUUUAAAUAGCAAUAUGAGCGUUGCCUCCAUGGUUUCCCCCACAACACCGGGUAGCGCUGACCCCAGACGCUUCGACCGCCCUUCGUCUUACGAGACAGGCCCCAGUGGCGGCCCCUUGCCACUCAAUGGUGACUUGGAGGCCAUGUCUAGGAGAGGAAGUUGGGACAGCAGACAUUCUCUUAAUCAGGGGUUCAACGACAUGCGCCUCGGCAACUCGCCAUAUGCGAGCCAGAACCAGUCUACAACAUCGAUUCAUCAAACUCUACAGCAGCAGCGCAAUCCGCGUUCAGACCUGAACGGUCUUGCCAAUCACCGCAUUUCGAAUGGCUACCAGCCGAGUGCUGAGCGCAAUCCAGAUGGGAGCAGGACAAGGGUGGCGCCUGCCAUUACUGGGCCGGCGCAGAGUCAGAUUGCUCGGGCUGCUGAGCCUACUAAGGGCCAGGCAUGGGCUUUCCCCGAGGAGGAUAUACAGCGGGUCACUUCCUCUAAUCAGUCUCUGGUCGACUCUAGGAGGAGCAGCAUUGCUGAGUCACUGGCUAGCAGCCACUUUACCAUGGACAGCAGGCUGCCGUCAGGACAACGACGUCUUGAUGACAACUACUCCCACAGGCUCUCCAGUGUGUCCGCGGACUUUGCGAAUCCGACGGUGCACCAUCACCACCACCACAGCCUUCAACAUAGAACAAUUAGUGACUUGCAAAACGAAGAGGGCGGCUCGCAUGCUGGCUCUCAGCCGUACAGCAGGACUCCCGAGUUGCGUGUUAGUCACAAACUGGCCGAGCGCAAGCGUCGCACGGAGAUGAAGGAGCUAUUCGAGCAGUUGAGGGACCUGAUGCCCCAGGAACGCGGCUCCAAGGCGUCAAAGUGGGAAAUUCUUACAAAGGCCAUCUCCGAGCAUCAACGCAUGAGCAAUCAUAUCCAGGUGUUGACCUCGACACUCCACAGCAAAGAUCGCGAAAUUGAACAUCUUAGACACGAGGUCCAGCGAGCCCAGAUGGAAGCCAGCAAUAUCAGGCGGUCACAGCCCGCUUCUAUGGGCGAAUCCUACGGUUUUGAGAACAGGAGGUCCCAACAGGAGUUGCCACCACUGCGUACUACCCUUCAAGCUGCCGCAGCUGCCUCAGCACCAGGAAUUGACGCCAUGACCGGAGUCCAGUACGAGGCACCUCGAGUAAACGGUUUCCGCCCUCCCGAGCCGAAUAGAUUCUAG